AUGAAGUAUGUGCGUAUGAAGCAGUUCAUAAUACACGGUGACUAUGAUGAAUCGAAAUUGUUAAACGACAUAGCCCUGUUAUCGACGAUGAGGAAAAUACCACUGAAUGUGGUAAAGAGGGUAAUACUGAUGAAAAGUCCUCCACGAGUGAAGUACGCGUAUGUGUCCGGGUGGGGUAAUGAUGAAUUCGAUCAACUGCAGUUGACAUUAAAGCACACGAAUGCUUUGAUGCAGACUGAGAACGUCUGCAAGACGAUGGGUUGGUUGCCACCUGGCGUCUUUUGUGCGGGGCCAGUGACAGGCAUAGGGGCAGCAGAAGUCGGCGACUCAGGCGGCGCCCUUAUUAUCAAUGGUAUCAUACAGAUUGGUUUAGUAUCAUACAAAAUGGAUAGUAAAAGUUUGGUCGGCUAUACUAACGUGUCAUACUUUUUGGACUGGAUAAGAAGGAAUUCUAAGCGACUCUAUUGUGAAUACGGGCAUUUAAAGACUGCGUUGAAGCACACAAGUGCAAAGCUACAGAACCUAGCCGUCUGUAAAAGUAUGGGCUGGUUACCAGUGGGGACAUUCUGCGCUGGUCCAGUCACUGGGUUGGGAGCAGCUAAUGAGUAA